AUGUCUUCACCCGCAGUCAAUGAACCGCCAGCGGAUAUCGUAGAUGUUGCUGCGUCCAAACAAUCGCCAACCGUCGAUUUGAUAGAAAAGAAACAGUUGUCGAUCGAACCACUAACAGCUUUCUCGGACGAAUCAUACGCGUGCGAUCGGCAAUACGCGAUUGUGCUCGCGCAACUCAUGUCAGUCAAAGAACGCAACAAAGUGUAUACGUGGAUCGACAGGAUAGAUACGAUGAAGGAAAGCGACGAUAUGCGCGAAGAACGCGACCUAUACCUGAAAUUUUUAACCGUUUCGCUGAAUAAUGGCAAACUAGUGCCACCGUUCACCAAGGAUCCGCCAGCGGGAUUGCGCCCACUUAGCACCAUCGUGCCCAGGUCCGUUUACAAUUUCAUCUUCAAAGGAAAAUACACCACCGGUGACUGCAACCAACGUCCCCCUGAAGAAAUCGUUCACAGUUUCGGUCCACCAGAUGAGGUCGAGCCCAGCCAAUUCUUCACACGGCAGCCAGUUCCACACAACGGUGGCUUCGUAUACGCCGCUGCGUUCAGCACAAAAAAAUGA